GCUGCACCUAACCUUUCUCCACUAACUUUCAAGUUUCAACCGCCCUGUGGUCAUGGGUCAUCUUGAAGAUACAGCUUGGGGUCGGUACGAUACAACUAUAUAUUCCUAUUUAGGCUGAAGACUAGUGGCUUGGCAUAGGAGACCGUGCUUUGGUUUUGUUGAGGGAUACCAUUGACCGGACGAUGAAUAUCCCGUUUCUCGCAGCCAUCGUCGGUGAAUUCAGCCUCCAAUAAAUGGAAAGUUUAGUGGGUUUCGCGCGUGCGCCGGCAGUGGCUAUCUUGCACCCGCCAUUAACAUGGGCCUCCAAGAAAAAAGUCAACGGGUUGAGGGCAAAACUCGGAGAUGACGAUGACCCAUUAUUUUUAACCGCCAUUAAUUCAGCUUCUCUUCGUUUCCAGGAGACCAAGAGACCAGAGCCUCUAUUUGUAGAUCCAUAUGCUGGUUGCCUUGUUUCUCCAAAUGUUAAGAUGGAUAUGAGACAAUGCUCGCACCACUAUUGCCUCGCAACUAAGUUCAUCGAUGAUAAGUUGCUUCGUACAGUGAACCAUAUUGAUGGAGUCAAGCAGGUUGUUCUGUUAACGGAUGGCAUGGACACUCGGCCAUAUAGGCUUAGUUGGCCGACUUCAACCGUUAUAUAUGAUUUAUCACCAGAAAGGGUAUUCAGAAGUGCAGCUGAGAAGCUUGCCGGUGUCGGGGCAAAAAUUCCCAGAAACUGCAUAUUCCUUCACGUUCCAAUGGAGUCCUCUAGCAUACAGCAGAGUCUCCGUGCAAAGGGUUUCAAUGGGAAUCAACCAAGUAUAUGGGUCAUCCAGGGGCUGCCUGUGAUGACUUUGGCAAGUUUUGAAGAGGUUUUAUUUAGUGUGAGUAAUAUGGCCACGAACAGAAGUUUUUUCUUGGGAGAGUUGCCAGCCUGGUCGGCAGAAACUGAAAUUGGAAUCAAGUCAAGUACAAGGCAAUGGAUGGAAAAAUUAUUCAUGAGCAAUGGCUUCCGUGUGGAUAUGAUUGGCUACGAGGACAUUGCACGGAACUUAGGCAAGCAAUUAGCUCCAGGAGAUUACAAGAAUAUACUGUUUGUUGCAGAACAAUUGCAGUUUUCUGAUGAUCAGAUGGAAACUUGGAGGAGGGAAUUUCAAAGAGUAGAGGAGCAAGGGGACGAAGAAGGGUUUGAAGAGCUCUAAAUGUAGAGAGUGCAAUAAAAUUCUAUCGUGGAUUUGCUUUUUAUGCUAUGCCACCACACUGUAAACAUAUGCAAUAAAUGGUUUCAAAUUGCAUUUCAUGAAUUUACUUACCUUCUUGCCUCCUGUGCAGAUUAAAGGCUUGAGUUA